AAGAAGCCCAAACCCAACAAAACCAACCCUAUAAAAGUUAAUGAGCAAACAAAGCACGGUUACAUGAUCCAGCGGUUACGACAUUCUUUCCCAAUCACACGACACAUAGUAGUAGCAGAAUCAGAACAAAACCUUUUCAUUACUUUCCCCCAAAUAGUUUUUCAUUGAUUUUCGCUUCACAAUGGAAGCCGAAACUCAGCGAAAAGUUAAAGACAUGGUAUUGGAUAUACUCACAAAAUCCAACAUUGAAGAAACCACUGAGUUCAUCGUCCGAGUUGCCGCUUCCGAGCGACUCGGUAUCGACCUUUCCGACUCACACAGCAAACUAUUCGUCAGAAACAUCAUCGAAUCUUACCUUAUCUCCAUCGCCACCGGCGACAAACCACCCCAAGUAUCCUCAGAGGUACCGCCACCGGAGGAACCGCCACAAGUUUCCACCGAGGCAGUGAAUGUGAUACACAAUGAACCGCCACAAGAGUUGAAUAAGAUGGUGGGAGUGAAACGCAAAAACGACGACUCUGAAGACGUUAUUUGUCAGCUAUCAGCCAAGAGGAAUGUGACUGUCCGAGAUUUCAAAGGGACGACAUUGGUGUCAAUUAGGGAGUUCUACCUUAAAGAUGGAAAACAGCAUCCCACUGUUAAAGGGAUAAGUUUAUCUUCUGAACAAUGGUCAACCUUCAAGAACAGUGUUCCUGCAAUAGAAGAAGCUAUCACAAAGUUGGAAGGAAGGAUAAGUCAAAACAAUGCCAGAUCAGAGCAUAAUGGCUGGAAAAAUAGAGAAGUUUCAAGUUCAGUUGCUGAUGUUCCUAUUGAGACUGUCCCAAUUGAGCCUGUCUCUAUUAAACCUGUCUCUACUGAGCCUGUGUCUACCGAGCCUGUCUCUAUUGAGCCUGUGCUCAUUGAGAUUGUCCCUAUUGAGAUUGUCCGUUUUGAUGGGAAGAAUUACCAAGUUUGGGCCGAACAGGUAGAAUUACUCUUGAAACAGUUAAAGAUUAAUUAUGUGCUUACCGAGCCAUGCCCAAAUGCCAUGUUAGGGGAAGACAAUGCUAGUGCUGAAGAAAUUUCUGAAACCAAAGCUGCUGAAAAGAGAUGGGUAAAUGAUGAUUUAAUGUGUCGUCGCAACAUAUUGGGCCUUAUAUCUGAUAGUUUAUUCAAGAAUUAUGCAAGUAGAAAAAUGAGUGCUAAGGAGUUAUGGAAAGAGUUGAGACGUGUUUAUCUGAUUGAGGAAUAUGGAACCAAGAGAUCUCAGGUGAAAAAGUAUAUUGAAUUUCAAAUGGAUGAUGAAAAAGCAGUUGCUGAUCAAAUUCAAGAACUUAAUUGCAUUGCAGACUCUAUUCUUGCUGCUGGAAUGCAUAUAGAUGAGAACUUUCAUGUCAGUGUCAUCAUUUCAAAGCUUCCACUAUCAUGGAAAGACUUUUACAACAAGUUAAUGUGCGAGGAGCAUCUACCUUUCUGGAAGUUAAUGGAGCGCAUAACAAUAGAGGAAGAAUCUCGCAAUGGAGUCAAACAAGUUGGCGAACCUCCUUCUGAUAAUGCGAGAUUGCACCAUGCCAAUAAAGGAGGAAUCAAGGGGGCUGACAUUAAGCCACCGCCCGGUUUUCCAAGGAAGUUUGAACCUAAUGGCAAGAACAAAACCUGUUAUGUAUGUGGUCAAAAGGGGCAUAUUUCUAAAAACUGUUGGAGAUGGCAGUAAUUAAUUGUUCUGAAUUAUGGUAGUUUAUCAGUUAUUUUUUUGGGUGAUUUACUGAAUGAUUGAUUUAUAAACGUGCAACCGUUGUGAUAUGAUUCUUAAAAUGAUAUAAAAUUUAGGAUCGUGAUAGAACUGCUUGAAAUUUAAAUUAAACACCAAAAAGACUUCUUUAUUUUGAUAUAACAUCAAUCCUCGUUACCAACAUGGGAAUAGAACACAUUGAACAGUAAAUUACUAGGGAAAUGAUGAAAGCCAACCAACCAAACCAGUCUCCAAAAUCUGAAUGCUCCCCCUUUUCUCCAGCAUCUUUAUUUAUUUCUCUAGUCUAAGACUAAAUCCCCUAUAACAGUAACAGGGUAGUUAAUGUGUGUAGUAUAGCAAUUACUAAUAAUUAACAAACAACAUAUAACUCAUGUCAACAUAAUUAACAAACAACCUAUAACUCAUGUCAACAUUUAAAAAAAAAUAAAA